AUGCAGCCAUAUUCAGACAUCACCUCCGUCGCCUUCGGCGUUCUUUGCAUCGCCUCUGCGCUGCCUUUCGUUGGCGUCCCGUUCCCGAGUCGGGCGUGGUCAACCUACUAUGCCGACAAGAAUCGCUGGAUGUCGCAGUUAUCUGGUGGGCGCCUUACUCCUAAGCAAGCUGGGUACGCGGGAGCUUCAUUGAGAGUCGCGGUUGGAUCUUGUUGCAUCUACCAGCCGACGCGCGUUGCAGCGUUACUGGUUAAUGGGGCGGUUGUGGUUCGGGGUACCAUGGUCGCAUAUCGGGAUAAGAGACCGAUGAGACCGCAGUGGACCAUGUUGAGUGCUAUCGGCCUAUGCUUGCUGCUGGAAAAGUUGUGA